GUGCUUAGUUAAGUAAAUCGGAUUUUUAAAACAAAUAAAUUUAAGAAAUUAAUAACUUUAUUAACAAUAUUAAAAUUUGUUACAACAAAAUGUUAUUGCUAAACGAAAAUAAAAAUUGCAAUAAAUUUUUUUUAUUUGCGAUAAAUUUACUAUGUUUGAUUACUGGCAUUGUUUUAGUUAUCAUGGGUAUACAAGCUAUCCAUGUCUUCUACGAAUUCCAAUUAUUUUUAAUAUCGGAAUUCUAUACGGUAUGCAUAAGUGCAUUCACUAUCGGUUCCAUUAUUAUGGUAAUUUCGUUAUUAGCUUGUUGUGCUUCCUGGAAAGAAAAUUAUUGUUCAGUACUAACAUUCUCCAUAUUGUUGGCUUUAACUUCCCUGUUGACUUUAGCUGUGGGUAUAUGGGUUUAUAUCUUAAGCACCCAUGUGCUUAAUAUCAUUGAAGGACCUCUCACUGAUUCAAUGAAGGAAUAUGACCCGAAUCAUUUUAAUGUCGUAACUCCACAGUGGGAUUAUUUACAAAGAACUUAUUCCUGCUGCGGGACUAAUAAUUACACUGACUGGUUGAUCAUGUUUGAUCAAGUGCCUAUAUCUUGUUGCUUUAUUCCCAGUGGUGUUCUUGGCAAUUUUAGUUGUAAUACCGAUAAUGAAAAUCCAAAUCUUAUCCCGUAUGGCUGCCUGCAUUAUUUUUCAUACUAUAUUGAGGCUGAGUUUUAUGGACUCGGAGUGGCUGGUAUUGCUCUUGGCGUUAUAACGUUCUGUGGCAUACUGCUGUCUUGUUAUUUUUCUCGUGUUUUUAAAUACAAACAAAUAAAUACAAAACAAGUGGAUUGAAUUUAAAUAA